AUGGGGUCACCGGUUCGCGUCCGAUUGGAUCUCGCGUACGACGGGACGGACUUCGCCGGCUGGCAGCACCAACCGGACCGGGACACCAUACAGCGCCGGAUCGAGGCAGCGGCACGCCGACUCUACCGGCUGGCCCCGAACGAAAGGACACCCGUGGUCGGUGCGGGGAGGACUGACGCGGGAGUCCACGCCGAGCGACAGGUGGCCCACUUCGACGCCCCUUUGGUGAUUCCGCCCGCCGGGAUUCGGGCGGGUUUGAAUGGCCUGCUCCCGGACUCGAUUCGAGUCCUCGCCGCCGCCGAGACCGCACCGGACUUCCACGCCCGCUUCGAUGCAACCGGCAAGACCUAUCGAUAUCACCUGCUCACCGAACCGGUGGUCACUCCGCUUCAGACCCGGUACGCCUGGCCCGUGGGGGACAGGCUCUCCCGGGAGGCCAUGGAAGAGGCCGCCGCCGCCCUCGUCGGCCGCCACGACUUCCGGGCAUUUUUUGCUGCUCCACCCGGGGAAGAGCCACGGACCCCGGUUCGGAACAUCUUCACGGCGAGCUUCGGCCAAAGAGAGAACAUGUUGGUCUUCGAGGUCGCAGCGGACGGAUUCCUGCGCUACAUGGUUCGCCGGAUGGUCGGAACCCUGGUGGCGGUCGGGCGGGGGCAGCUUCCUCCGGAUCGGGUGGGUGCGUUACUCCGCGACCCGGAGCUGCCGGGCCCCCGGUUCCGGGCGCCCGCCGCCGGACUCCGGCUCUACCGCGUUCACUACGACGGCAGCGCCUCAGGAAAGCGCCACUCGCAACGCGCGGGCUGA